AUGGGAGGACGAUCGAGAGAUUUAGCGGGUGAAAUACAGAGUUUAGAGAGAGAAUGGACAGAGAUGCUUCAAGAUGUGAAAGCUCCAGACAUGGAUGAAUUCCACAGGCAAUGCAUUUAUAGGGUACCCCCAAAUAUUCGUGAAUAUAAUCCCAAAGCCUACACACCUCAAAUUGUUUCAAUUGGCCCUUAUCACAAAGUACGUGACGUUGGAAAAGAAGACAACAUUUUUCAGUCAAUGGAAACUCUUAAACUGAAGUAUCUCAAGGGAUUUCUAGAUCGAACCAACAUGAGAGAUUUGGUUGUGAAAAUGAAAGAGUUAGAAGAAAGCAACAUUCAAAGUUGUUAUGCAGAGACUAUUGAAUCUAAUGAUGAUUUCUUAAAGAUGAUUUUAGUUGAUGCUUGCUUCAUAAUUGAACUUUUUCUAAGAUUGCAUAGACACAGUGACUGGAAGGGAAAAGACCGUUUGAUGCAAAAACCACGGAUGCUAGGCUAUAUUGACCUUGACUUGCUAUUACUGGAAAAUCAACUUCCUUUCUGUGUUCUUGAAGAACUUCACAAGCUCACUGGUAUGAAUGAGAACUUUCUUGACAUUACUUUAAAGUAUUUUGAAAGCAGACUUUUCGGAAACAUGCGUCCAAAAGAGAGUCCAAAACACUUCACUGAUUUGUUAGUAUCUACUAUAAUAUCAUCACCAAAACUUGGUCUUGAAAAACUAGAGCGAUGCAAAGAAGUUAAACAUGUAUACAGUGCAAGCCAACUAAUGGAGGCAGGUCUUAAGUUCGAGGUCAAUCCUAAUACAAGCUUUGUUGAUUUGACCUAUUCUAAAUAUGGAGUGUUGAGCAUGCCAAUCUUGAAUAUACAUGACAAUACAGAACUUUUGUUCAGGAAUAUGAUGGCAUAUGAACAUUGUCACCUUUCUACUACAAACAUCAUUACUCAAUAUGUAGUGAUUCUAGAUUUUCUUAUCAACACUGAAGAAGAUGUGAACAUACUUGUUGAAAAUAAAAUUAUUGUCAAUUGGACCGGUGAUGCUAAUAAAGUGGCUACAAUGUUUAAUAAUCUCACCUCACAACUUAGCAUCCCAGAUUUCAAUUCACACUAUUUCUCCAUCUGCAAUAGCUUAAAUGAAUUCUAUGAAAAUCCUCGCAACAAGUACAAGGCUAUCUUCAUACACGAGUACUUCAACACUCCUUGGAAAAUAGCAUCUACUACGGCUGCAAUUAUGCUACUUUUGCUAACGUUUAUUCAGACGGUAUGUUCAAUCAUCUCACUGUUUCAGGGUAAGAAAUUAUGA